CAGAUUUCGCAUUCAACGGCUCAACCACGAUCCAACGCUCCAUUCUGCCGCAUGAUGUGGCAGCUUGUACCGAAACCAAAGUCCUUUCUCCACUUUGUUUCCCUCAAAACAGGCACAGAAAUUAUCUGCUUAUUCGCCGUCUUCAACAAGGCUUCUGGCAUCUAUGGCGUGCUUGCCCUUCUCACAGGCGCUAGCAUCACGGGAUGGCAGCUCAGCAUGUAUCUCUACUCUAUCAUCAUGACGGUCCUCUUUCUCUGGAUGCUAGGACCUGUUCGGCGGCAGGAAGCUGUGCCGACUGUGCUCUUUGCCUUCGCCUACGUCCUUGAUAGCGCUAUCAAUAUCGCGUACACCGCAAUUUUUGCCACUUCAUGGUUCCUCGUCAUCUCACAGCAAGGAUCAACUUCGAAACUUGUUGGUGCGAUGAAUGAUACGGCUGGCUUCACCCAUCCAUCCCAUACGGUUGCUUCUGUUGUGGUUGCACCUACGCCUAUUCCGGGUACAGUGACUGCAUCACCUAGCGAGUCAUUGGCAGGUGUCGGGCAGGGUGCGCUGCAUCCAGAGCAGUACCCAUCCAUUGCUGCACUUGUACUCAUUCUGCUCGUCAAGGCAUACUUUGUGCUCGUUGCACUAUCUUAUGCGCGGACCCUUGUCAUUCAGUAUGAAGAACCCAAUGAAGCGAGCAUACAGGGAAGGCUUUAUCGUCUCUUAACAGCAUCUGGCUACUGGCGAGGCGGCAAGGAUGACUUGCGAUUAUCCAAAGCACGCUCAUCCAACCGGGAAGAUGAUGGGAUUCCACUCACGUCGCGGCCUUCAUCGCGGCAGUGAGGCGAUGCAUGUCUUGUACAUUUCUAUGCUCUUCAGUGUCUUACAUCUUCUUGAUUUGUACUUUGAUGAGGUCUUUCUACGAUUGUGACUGUGUGAGA